AUGUCAAACUUCAAAGAUAAGACUGAUGAUUAUCCGACACUCAGUCGCCCGUUCGAAUGGAUGAAAUCAGAGUACGAUGUUGUGAUUGUAGGAUCUGGUUAUGGAGCUGGUGUGGCAGCUAGUCGAAUGGCCCGGACAGGGAAGAGUGUCGCAGUCUGGGUCAUUUCCGUGUACUUUCCGACAAUGUAUGGGAGACAUGAGCAUCUCAGGAAGCUCUACGAAGAACGGUCUCAUCUCGAAGUUGCUGUCAAAGAGUGA